UCGGCCGGGGAAGCGAUGGAGCGCUGGGUGGCGGGCGGCUUGUGGCGGGCCGGCUGGGCCGGUUGGCCCGCCUGGGAGCUGCUGGCCGCCUGCGCCGUGAUCGGCGCGCUGGGCUGGCUGCUGCGGCUGCUGGAGCGAGGCCCGCGGGGUCGAGGCCCGAGGCCCAGCGCGACGCCUCCGUCCACGCCGCCGCCGCCUGCUGAGGAGAGGCCUCCGCGCUGCUUCGACCGCUGCGACGGAGGUGAGAGGCCUCCCCCCGCGGCUGCCUUUCCGCUCCCUUCUCCCAGCACCGCCUCCCUGCCAGGGAGGAUAACAAUGGAUGAAAUCUUCUCCCGAUUAAAGCAACUGACCCCCGAUGAGCUGAGAGAAGAGAUCGUCCACGCUGGCCUGAAAUGCGGGCCCAUCACCCUGACCACCAGGUCCAUUUUUGAGAAAAGGUUGGCCCAGGCUUUAUGGGACCAGCAAGGACCCUCCGAGGCCACGGCUCCCUUUUCGAACGGCGUCCCUGGAACGGCUGCCAGUGGUGGGAACCAGCCAGAAUCCGGAAGAACCAAUGGCCACCUUGCCUCUCCCGAGGAGGGGGAUUUUGGCUACAGCGUGGGACUGAACCCUCCGGAGGAAGAAGCCCUACUGCAUGAAGCGAAUGGCUCCCCCGCUCGUUCCCAGAAUCCCUCCAAGGAGCCUGUGCUCUACUAUGGGGUGUGCCCGGUGUACGAUGACAUAUUGACCAGAAACGAGAGGGUACAUGUCUAUGAGGACAAAAAGGAAGCUUUGCAAGCUGUAAAAAUGAUUAAGGGGUCACGUUUUAAAGCUUUCUCAAACAGAGAAGAUGCAGAGAAAUUUGCCAAAGGUGUAUGUGAUUACUUCCCGUCUCCAAACAAGUCUGCCACCUCACUGUCUCCUGUCAAAGUCUGUUCGGUCUUUGGUAGAGAUGGCUUGUGCUCUCCGGAACUGGAAACGGUCAGUAAAGAAAGAGCCAACAGCUACAAAAGCCCUCGUACCCAGGAUCUGACUGCAAAGCUCCGGAAAGCCGUGGAGAAAGGAGAUGAAAGUACUUUCUUAGAACUCAUCUGGAGUAACCCUCGCUAUCUCAUCGGCUCUGGAGACAAUCCGACGAUUGUCCAGGAGGGGUGUCGAUACAAUGUCAUGCAUGUGGCUGCCAAAGAGAAUCAACCUGGCAUCUGCCGGCUGCUGUUGGACACUCUGGAAAACCCAGAAUUUAUGCGGCUGAUGUACCCUGACGACGACACCGUCAUGUUGGAGAAGCGCAUCAGUUACAUAGUGGAUCUUUAUCUGAACACGCCAGAUAAAACGGUGUUUGAUACUCCGCUGCACUUCGCUUGCAAGUUUGGGAAUCCAGAAGUGGUCGGUGUUCUUGUUUCCCAUCCGGGCAUCGUAAAGAAUCCAAAAAAUAAAUAUAGUCAAACUCCAGCAGAUGUAAUCUGUGAAAGGAACAAAAACAAAUCGGCAGAUCUGAAAGCAAAAAUCAGGGAACACUUGGAAGGUCAGUGUUACGUGCCUCUCUUCAGAGCGGAAGAUAACGCCACUUCCCCCAUGAUUGGCGCCCCGUGGUCCCCGGAUCAAACGGAGAGCAGCCCACUCGCUUCUUUGCCCAGAUACCUCGGCAGCCCCAAAGACCCAAUGCUGACAGUGAGGGCUUACGCGGGGCCUCUGAGCCCUUCCAAGGCAGAAGAUUUCCGCAGGCUUUGGAAGACUCCACCUCGCGAGAGGGCGGAAUAUUUCUACCACCUCCGAAAAUCCGAUUUGGAAAGAGGGGUCGAGCGAGUUGGAAGGGAGUUAGCUCACGAGCUGGGGUUCCCAUGGGUCGAAUACUGGGAAUUCCUGGGCUGCUUUGUUGACCUGUCUUCCCAGGAGGGGUUGGGACGGCUAGAAGACCACCUGAGUCAACAACAGGAAAUGAGCAAUAAUGCUCAGCUAGGGGAAAAUGAGGCCCACAACAAACCUCCACAGGCUCAUGGUAAAAGUAAAAACUGCAAUUCUGUCUCUGUUGGCGCGUUCCUCGAUGAUGAUGAUAUGAGUUUGGAAGAAGUCAAGAACAGGCAAAACGUGGCCAGAAAUUACAGCCCUGUGAUUGCACCCAACGAAGCCGCCAUCGGUCCCUUUGGAAGCUCCAAGUGCGACAUUCUCUCCAUCGAACAUACGGGGGCUAUCAUGCCUAGGACAAAAACCUCCCUCCGGCCGGCCGAAAAAGGAGACCCCGUCAGUAAAAACGGAUACUGCAGCCCAGCCGCUAGCGACGAUAGGACAGGAAGCCACAGGAGGCAUCCCAGCCAGGAGGAGAACUUUCAGUCCCCCGUGGCCAACUUAAUGGAUAAAUUUGGCCAACUCUCUUGCCAGGAUCCAGCCGCGGCAAGGGAAUGCUCGCCAGGCAAGCCGAGCCAGAAGGCAGCAAAAACUUGGAAAUGUCCAGAGCAACUGCCCAAAAUGGGCUCCCUGCUUUCUAAGGCAGGGGCAGCUGCCAGGAAGGGCAAGGAGGCCAAGAGCAGAAAGGAAGAGGGGGACCCCCAAGAGGCCGAGGGACCCUCAGCGGAAACCGAGGUCAGAACCGGGGAGAGAAAGCCGCCGGGCACUUUGGAAUCACCACCCGGGAUGUCCCCUCCUGGUUUGCUAAAGACGCCGCCCUCAAAUGGGAGAACGAAGCAGAUGUUCCUCACAGGCGAUCAACCGUCAAAAUGGGACGACGACGUGUUAACGGCGCUACUCGGCGUAGAGAUCGACCCCCAGAGGUACCCUGCUAUUUCCAAGUGGAGCGAGUCCGUGCGGGCCUAUCCUGCUUCCGAACGGCGAAGGUGGUCCAGCCCUUCCCUGAAAGGAUUCGCCAAGGGCCAAGCCACCACCAGCCCUGCCAGAAACCUUCCGUACUUCAGCCCAGGGAAGAACAGCCCCGGGAAGUAUAACGCGGCGCCAGCCGGCUUCUCUCCAGAUUUAGGGAGCCCGGGGCGGUAUACGCCGGCGUACGUGAACUACAUCCUUCUGUCCAAGAGGCAACAUUUCUCAGGACUGUCUAAUCAUUAGGGUGGGGAAUUAGCCACCCUUGGCCAUGAAAACGUGAAGGAAAAUUUGGAUGGUGGAAACCUUUGACAGGAUGGCUUUUGUGACCACUUUUAAUUUAUUUAUUCUUGGAAGAGGGGGCUGCUGGAAGGAGUGGGGAAGCAUUCCAUUUACCAGAUCGUCAAGAGUCUUGUAAGGUUAGGAAGUUAAACCUGAAAGGCCUCUGAAUGGGAAGCCCUAAAUCUCGAAGUUUAGGGAUUCAUAGAUAGAAGGGGCGUUUUUUGGACUCAAAGAAUUACAAAUUGAAGUCCAGUCUACCUGUAAUUUUCUUUCUUUCCUUUCUCUCCCUUUCUCUCUUUCUCUUAUUCCUCCCUCCCUCUUUCUCAAUCUCUCUCUUUCAGUCCUCUUUCUCACUUUCAAUCUGUUUCUUUCACUCAAUCGCUUUCUCCCAAUUUCUCUCAUUUUUCUCACUUUCAAAGUCUGUCUUUCUCCCAAUCUCUCUCACAUAUUGGGAUCCCUGUGACUCUUUUUAACACCUGAAUUUCCAUGAUCAUAACCCAUCUUCCAGUUGAGUCGAGAUAGGAAUAAGCCUCUUUAAUCCCAGUGGAUACGAGGGCAGAUUCACAGUUUGUAAUCUGGUCUAAUUAGGAUCGUUAAGCAUAAGGGGGCCUACACUGAAGCUUUCGGGGAAGCUAAUGAAAGUUAUAGAUACCACAAGUUAAUUAUUAUUUUUCCCCCCAUUCGCCCUUCUUCAUUUCUGGCUUUGGGGAUGGGAUGGGGGCAGAUUUUGCAGCUUCCACAGAAAAGCUCCUAAGUGGCAAUAAAGCAGUUUUCCUUUCACAGCUAAAUUCAUCACUGCAACUCAUGGGAGCACAAUGGCAUCGAUAGUGACUCCAUGUUUGAUGAAACAGCUAGAACAGAUUACAGCUACUCUGCUGUUAUUUUAAAUCUCACGCUGUUUUAAUGAUGGCUGGUUUCUGAGUUUCCAACAUUUAAGGAUGAGCCUGCCCAAAUAAUGCUUAUAUUCCACUGCAGGCCUUUUUUUAAAAAAAAAAAUAGCCCAGUUCCAUACUGCAAAGGUCUAUUCUUGUGCAAUUGGAGAUAACCUCUAUAGCAGAAAAUGGGAGAAAUGGUUAAAUCAUAGGACUUGGAUGGGAAGUUAUUUAUGGCACACUAACUUGAAGUAAUCACAGCAUCAGGAACUGCAUGGUGGUUUCCUUACCCAUGUGUAGCCCACAUUUUAUAUACUACCUGUUUGAUGUUUUUGGUACUAAAACUUCAGAACUACACUCAAAGACUCUUCCAGUUUUAUUAGUGCCUUUUGUAACUUUUACGUUUGGUAUUCCUGUCUUGCUUUUCAAUGGGUAACGUUCCCUUAUGUAUUGAACACAUUUUAACUUUCCACUUUUUGCAGUUUUUUAUAGUUUGAUUCCAAGAAGUACUGUAACCAUCUAUUUAUUUUAUAUAUGUAAUAUAAGUGUCCUAUACAUAAAACAAAAAUUAAAACAAAGUGAUUUAAGAAUCAUUUGGAAUAGAAACCAGCUUUAGCAGCAGCUCCCUCUGGGUCACCCAACUUUUGCUAUCGAUAUCAAUCAUUCUCCAGAAUGUAGUAUAAAACCUCUCCAGGUUUGUACUGAAUGACAUAUCAAAGGCCAACGUGUAUUAGAGGGAAAAAGAGGAAUGCGCCAGAGUGCUGUAGUGCGAUGUUGAGAUU